AUGCCAGACCCAGCUAAGCCUGCCCCUAAGAAGGGCUCUAAGAAAGCCGUGACAAAGACUGCAGGAAAAGGAGGCAAGAAACGCAGAAAGUCCAGGAAAGAGAGCUAUGCUAUCUACGUCUACAAAGUCCUGAAACAGGUCCACCCUGAUACCGGUAUCUCUUCUAAGGCGAUGGGUAUUAUGAACUCCUUCGUGAACGACAUCUUCGAGCGCAUUGCUGGAGAGGCUUCCCGCUUGGCACACUACAACAAGCGCUCCACCAUCUCUUCCAGGGAGAUCCAGACCGCAGUGCGUCUGCUUCUGCCUGGUGAGCUGGCCAAGCAUGCUGUGUCAGAGGGAACCAAGGCCGUGACCAAGUAUACCAGCUCCAAGUAGAUCCGAAUUCGAAACGUCUUAUCUCAAAGGCUCUUUUCAGAGCCACCCAUAUUUUCU